CCAAGUAAAAUUUACGGGUGGUUUAGUCAUAAGAAUCAUGGACGUUCAGUGACAAUUGACCUACCCUCAAAUUUGUACCAUGAUAAUAAUUUCAUGGGACUCAUUCUAUAUGCUUCUUUUUCACUCCAUGAGGAUCCACAUAGCAUCUUGAAUUAUCUAGUUUCCGGAAUUCCUCACUUCCUAUAUUGUCAAUGCCAAACGAGUAUGGCAAAUGUGAGUGAUGAGAUAAUUUCUUGCUACACUAGUAGAGAAGAAAUCACGUGGUUACUUAAUCUAUGUGAAUUCAUUUGGAUAUCCUACGUACCAGUUGAGUUAUUUAAAAAUUUGUUGCAAUACUGCAACCACAUUGAGGCUUCAUUUGUAAGUGAUUGGCCAGGUGUGAUAGUUCAGAAAUGUGCGUUACAUCUUUUGUACCAGCAUGAUCAAGUACAGUUCGAGCGAGAACUAAGACACUGCAAUGACUUGAUUUUAGAGCAGCGGGAGAUUGUUCGUAAACAUACAGAGGAUUAUGAAAAGAAAAGAAAUGAACAAAGUGGUGUUGAUGAAAAGAAAAUCUUUUCCACUAGCGACGUUGAAGUUCAAUUAGUUCCAAGAUUUAUUGAUCAAUCAAAGACCGAUGAAACUAAGACUAAACUUGGCAAAAGUGACUUGCUGGACUUUGAUCAAUGCCGUGUCUAUAAUUCUUGUUUUCCUUUAUGUGAAAUUCCGGAGUGGUUUAGCCACCAGAGUGAUGAGCCUCCAGUGACAAUCCCUUUACCUCCGAAUGUGUUCAAUGACAAUACUUGGAUGGGAUUUGUUUUAUGUGCUUCUAUUGCAGUUGAAGCAAAUCCAACUGCCAUCCUUGACAUUCAGAAUUCAGAAACUUCUUACAACCUCAUUUGUCAUUUGGAAUCCAAUAUUGAAUGUGUGGAACCUCUCCAUGUCCAUCACAUAACUGAAGAAGAUCUCAAGUUGUUACAGCAAGGUGGAUUUAUUUGGCUGUCCUAUAUUCCACGUGCUACAUUUCAAGACUCGGUGAAUCAAUGCAGCCGGAUUGAGGCUACAGUUGCAAUUGAUUUUCCUGGCUUGGUGCAGAAGUGUGGAUUUCAUCUUCUUUACAAUCAUGAUGAAGUAGAAUUUAAGGAAACAAUAAGACAAUGCAUGGUCUUGUUCUCUAAUGAGCACGAGUUAGUUCCAAGACUUAUUGAUCAAUUGGAAACUAAUGAAACUAAGACUCAACUUGGCAAAAGUGACCUACUGGACUUUGAUCAAUGCCGUGUCUAUAAUUCUUGUUUUCCUCUAUGUGAAAUUCCGGAGUGGUUUAGCCACUGGAGUGAUGAACCCCUGGUGACAAUCCCCUUACCUCCAAAUGUGUACAAUGACAGUACUUGGAUGGGACUUGUUCUAUGUGCUUCUGUUGCAGUUGAAGCAAACCCAACUGCCAUACUUGACAUUCAGAAUUCAGAAACUUCUUACAAUCUUAUUUGUCAUUUGGAAACAAAUAUUGAAUGUGUGGAACCUCUCCAUGUCCAUUACAUAACUGAAAAAGAUCUCAAGUUCUUACAGCAAGGUGGAUUUAUCUGGCUGUCUUAUAUUCCACGUUGUUCAUUUAAAGACUUGGUGAAUCAAUGCAGCCGGAUUGAGGCUUCAGUUGCGACAGAUUGCCCUGGCUUGGUGAAAAAGUGUGGCUUCCAUCUUCUUUACAAACAUGAUGAGGUAGAGUUUCAGGAAACAAUAAGACAAUGCAUGACCUUGUUCUCUAAUGAACAUGAGGUAAGUCCCAAAAAAUCUAGUAGCUCCAGUGAGGACCCUCAAUCUGAACCUGUUGAUCCAACCAUUCAUAAAGACAAGGGUAAGGGAGUUCUAGAGUACUAACAUCUAUCCGUCUGCUGCUUUUCAUCUUUGGGGACACCUCUUUUUUUUAUUGAUUGAUGAAAUAUUGCUGGGGAAAUAUUGAUGAAUUGAUGAUGGUUGCUGCAGACAAAAGGAAUGUUGAAGAUGCUUACGAGAAAAGUUGGAGGGUUUGUUUCAUAAGGUCUUGUCUGGUGUUGAAGGGAUCUAUUCCAAGGGUCUUUUUUUUAAAUUUAUUUAUUUAUAUUUAUCUGAACACCGAUGAAUGCACUUAAUCUGUUAACUUUAUUUUUAAGAGACUUGUAGAAUUAGAAGAGAUUGUGGUCCUGAUGAAUUUGGGAACUGGGACUAUUUAAAAUCUGAUUUGCUUUUCUGGAUUUUUUGCUUCUAUUUUGGUAAACAUAUCUGGUGUGAUGCUUUUGUUUGGAAUAUGCAUCAAAGUUGAAAGAUUAUUGUGAAUUGAUCUUUGCUUUGUGAACUCUUUGAGAUAAGCAUUUUAAAAAAGGGCGGACAGGCUGCUACAUCUAUGGGAUUGGAAGCGAAUGCCCCAUAGAGGGAUUUCCUUAUGAAUUUAAGUCUCUGCCAGAAAAUUCUUAUGCCCAUUGAGGGUAUCAUCUAACAUCUUCUAGGAAAAGUGACUUCUAAUAACAUGAUUGAAUAUUCUUUGUGAAAUACUUCAUAUCAGGAUUCAAUCUUAUCUUCAUUUGAUUUCACAAAUA